AUGCACGCACACGAGCGAGAGCUGGAGGACGUGGCGCGAUUCAUAUUUAGCCACCGCCGCGCCCCUGACGCACAAUACGACUCCCCGCUUGUGAAUGGUGCCAUUCGCCUGCACACCGCAGUCGUCGCCGACCGUGCUCUGCUGGACUCGCUGCAGCCGGCUCUUUUUGCAGAGAACCGUCCUUUGCUGCUGGAAUACCACUAUUUGAGACUUUUGAGCGGCCACACCGACGACGGCGUCUACGACGCCGCUCUCGAGCUUAUAGAACAGCUAUCCGAACAGGAAUCGCGCCGCUUUCCCACCGCUCUCGUCGUUUCCAACUUCAAAUACCUUUACGGGGCGUAUCUGGCUGGACUGAACAAGCACGCUGCCGCAUUGCCAUACUUGCUGGAAACUUUCUUGAGCUCGCAACUGGACUUUCUGGCUGGCCCAAAGCCGGACUUUGAGCGCAACUUCCAGCUCGCCGUGCAAUCUUUGCUGCUCAUUCCGUACGGCUACGCAAAGCUCGACGCCCUGCGACAAAUGGUGAGCCAUUUGGACGGCCAGCCGUUUGCCGUCGACAAAACCGUCCGCACCCUUCUCGCCAACAUGAGAAACGAGCAGGUCUUCCCCAUAGACCGCCACGUAGUCUCGCAGAUGGUGCCGCCGCACCGUCUGGAAGACGCGGUCCUGCUGCUCGUCCAGUACAACAUAAUUGCGGCCUCAAAGACGUUCACCUCGAUCAAAAUGUCGACACUGGUUCGCAUCCUGGGCCUGCAAAUAUGCGACUCCGAAAUGCUGGACCUGGUGCUGGGACUCGUCUCUGAGCGCAAGCUGGAGGCCGCCGUCGACGAGGUCGACAUGACGGUACACUUUGCACGGCCAAAACAGCACGACCGGCUUUUUUCCACGCUACAGCUACUCGAAACUCUAUCCUGA